AAAAUGAGCACGUUAAAAUAUCUGUUACAAGAAUUUGUUUAAAGAGUUGAGCUAAGCUUGAGGUAAACUAGAACUACCAUGAGGUGUGUUGUGAUAUUUCUGCUGAUUGCAAGUCUAACCCUCUAUAGAGUGGCUAGUGCAGCUUCGAAUUGUGAAGCACCAUCACCCCGCCUGUCCACCUUCCUCUACAUGUUGAGCGGGUACUACAGCACCAUCAAGAUGGUCAAGAAGGACAUCCUGUUUGAAGAGGACGUCAUCCAUGACGUCAUCAACACGACCUUCACCCCCAUACAGCUGGACGUUCUACUGCCUGACUGUGUGUUUGUGAUGGAGGAAGUUAUCAACAACAAGGUGUUCAGGCUGCAGGUUUUGAGAAUCUCUGAAGAUGACAUGGGCUUCAUUCGUAUACAGCCGUACAACUUUACUGACCCUUCUAAGUACAGACCUCGUCAGUUUGACCUAGCCACACUGAAUGACCUCAAUAUGGAGGAUCUUCACACCAGGGAUGAAUGCGAGGUCAUCAUUAAACAGAUUGAUGACACGGUCUUCUUUGGGACCUGGCCGGACUGUACUAGGGUGGAUGCUUAUGGGGAACACCCCAAGUAUGCCAUUGUGCUCUCCUGCAACACGAUCUCCACGUUGAUCUUCUGGAGGGAGUCACGUGAACAUGACAACGUGGUACCGUAUGACCAGAAGAGGUUUGACUGGUUUCCACUGUUGGCCUACAUGACGAGUGGAGCUUCGAAUUUCCAGCUGCCAUGUAAAUAUUAAUGACGUCAUUACUGGCCCAUCGAUGUUAUGUAAUUUCUCGAGGUUAAAAAUAAUAAUAAAAAAAAACUACCUGUGA